AAGCCCAUCAAAGAAGAAGAUCCUGAACAUUCCAUUCCGCUCGAUCUCUCUGGAAAGAAUAUCAUUGUACAUGGCUCCACAUUAACUUUGUGCCAGGCGCUCGUGUCCUACAGUACAUCAGACUACAACGAGUUCGAAGCCAAGGGCGUCAGAGGGACCCAUGUUGCUGCGAAUGACGUCUUUGCAGUAAAAUCAUUGAGCACAUACGGGCAUGUCCUAGCGCAUAUACUCAGCCGUCCUAUUCGCGGAGCUUGGAAAGAAAAAUUUGCUCCACAAGGCACAGUCGUCCGCUUCAUUGUGGAUAAAAGGGAGUUUACCUCUAGCGUGGGACCCCUCUUGGAUACAUACUUCUAG